AUGAACCACUCAAUGUCCCCUCUCCGCGACCUGGUCACAGAUCCCAGAAACACUCGAUGGAUAGCACCCUUGAUUUUGGCCGGGGAAGCUGCUCUGUGCGGGCUGAUUGUGUGGAGGAUACCUUAUACGGAAAUCGACUACACCACCUACAUGGUGCAGGUGCGCAUGUUCAUUGACGGCGAGCGACGCUAUGGCAAAAUCACCGGGCCUACAGGGCCACUUGUCUAUCCGGCCCUCCACCUCUACAUCUACACGGCACUGUACUAUCUCACCGACGAGGGCACCAAUAUCCUGCGUGCACAAAUCAUCUUCGCCGGCCUCUACCUCCUCAGCUUGGCUGUGGUGUUUGCCUGUUACCGUCGGGUCGGAGCGCCCCCGUGGCUCCUGGUCCCAUUGGCGUUGAGCAAGAGAAUGCAUUCCAUAUUCCUACUGAGGCUGUUCAACGACGGCUGGGCAACUCUGGCCUUGUGGUUCGCAAUAUACCUGCUACAUCGACGGCAAUGGCGCACCGGGGCAUUGGUAUGGGGGUUGGGUCUGGGGGUGAAAAUGACCAUCCUGCUGGCUGCGCCGGCCGUUGGAUUGGUGGUGCUGCAAGGGAGCGGAUUAAAAGAUGGAAUCUCCUCCGGACUAUCCGUCCUGCUUCUCCAUCUCGUCCUGGCAAUGCCCUUCCUCGGCGGUGAUGCCGGAGCCCAGUACUUCCACCGCGCCUUUGAUUUCGGAAGACAAUUUCUCUACAAAUGGACCGUCAACUGGAGGUUUGUGGGCCUGGGCGUCUUUGUCUCUCGCAGUUUUGCCGUCAGCCUGCUGAUCCUCCAUGUCACCCUUCUUCUCGCGUUCGUCCAGAUCAGGUGGACCAAGCCCAGUUCCACCGGUCUACUGGAUUUCAUCAAGAAAUACACUGGCUUGAUCCGAGAGGGCGAGGCGGUCCGAAUCUCCAAAAGAAUCACCCCCAUCUUCGUCAUGGACGCGGUACUCGGGAGUGUCGUGAUUGGCAUGCUGUGUGCUCGGAGUCUACACUAUCAAUUCUUUGCGUAUCUCGGCUGGGCAAGUCCAUAUCUUCUGUGGAGGGCAGGUGGAGGCCCUGUCUGGGUGCUGGUCAACUGGGCAGUCCAGGAAUAUUCCUGGCUAGUCUACCCCAGUACCAACACGAGUUCGACGCUCGUAGUGGCGGAGCUGGCGGUGCAAGUCAUGUGUGCACUCAUUGCCAAAUCACCACCGGUGGACCGCGUCAGCCCAGCUAGAAAGGUGCCGGGCAAGACAAGUUGA